AUGCACUCACACCUCGCCCAUGUUUCAUCUCUGUCUCCUCCCAUAGGGGCUGCUGACAUACUGCACGCUGGUUUGAUUCCCUUACUUGUAUUCAAAUUGAAGACUGAGUCAGAUGGAAUCCAAGAGCUAAUCCUAGAUACACUCUCCAACUCUCUACACCUGGAUGCUUCUGAAGCUCUAGCUACUGGUGCCAUUAUUGCCCUGAAGGAGAAGCUCACACACCCAUCAGCGGCCAUCAGGAGCAAAGCAGCUCGGGUCCUGUUAGAAAUUGGUACUCAUCCAGAGGGAAAAAUCGUGGUAUGUGAAGAAGUUAUUCCUGUGCUGGUGAGCCUGUUGGAAGAUACAGAUCCUGAAGUCCAAGCUAGUGCAGCUGGAGCACUGAUGUUUGCUACUGUUAAACCUCAGGGGAGAUUCUCAGCCCUGGGUGCUGAAGCCAUUCCACCUUUACUGAAGUUGGUUGCUGAGGAAACCAGCAAAGCCCGUCUGAGUGCAAUCAAAACCCUCAGUAUGCUGGCUGAGCUACCAGAGGGCCGCAAGACACUCCUAGACCAUACAGAUACAUUUCAGCAGUGUCUGAACGAUCCUUGUGAGGCAGUGAAAAGAGCUGCCAAAAUUGCCAUCAGUGUCAUCAAAUGGAAACCUUGCUGAAGACGUGAUGUUUCAUAG